GUGACGCCAUCUCCAUGGAAACCAAUAGACAACUUCGUACGGCGAGAGUUGCAUAAGAAAAGGUUUUACAGUAUCCUUCAAACGGGAUGGCAAGUAAGAGAUCAGCAGGUGCCAGCUCUAUUGGCAGCAGGUCGAGCAGCACAUCAUACAAUGGCUCUAUGCACUCUCGACAAAGUAGUUUAGAAGACCUGUUAGUGCAACAGUACCAUGACAAGUUGAGCAAAACCUGCCCGUCACCACAGUAUCAACUUCCCAGAAAGUUCACAUCUCCUUAUGGAAAUGCAAUGUUAAAAGAUCCCAAAAGAAAAAGGCAUUCAGCAGCGAGUUCUUCCAAAGGCCCUCGCCCACAAUCUGCAGCGGUGUCAAGGAGGUCACAAUCUCGAGAUGAAACAAAUUCAGUCCAAAGCAAUGCCGGCGCUUCACAAAGUGACAGCAGCACAUCAAACAGUAUAAGCAAUUCAAGCCUUGUAUUACCAGCCACGAGUAAAAGACCCCUCAGUGCUCCACCGGCUCCGCUUAGGUAUUCACUUUCAUCUUCAAGAAAGCCUCCAAUCUUUAAGCGCCAACCAUGGGUAAUCAGAGUGAUGGCUUACAAGAAUGGAUCUAGAAGUGUGUUUGCUAAAGUGGCUUCCUCCAACUUUAAAUUGCUGCUGGAAGAGUGCACCGUGAAGCUCAAUCUAAACACUGCAGCUCGCCGCGUUUUUCUGCUCAGUGGUGAAGAAGCGCAUGAACCCAAAGACAUUCCUCACGAUGCUGAAGUUUAUAUUUCAACCGGAGAGCCCUUUGUGGAUCCUUUUAAAAAAAUCAAAGACCAUCUGACAUUGAGCAAGGAGGCAAAUUGGACGGUGAAUGGCGUGGUGCUCCCUGCUGAUGCGAAGCGUGGCACGACCAAGCCCAGCCUCUCGCUGCGCAUGAGGAAGCUGAGUGAGAAGACUACAGUCAGGAUUCUGGUUUUUAAGAAUGGAGCAGGGCAGGAUGGGUGUGAGGUCAUUGCAGCAGUGGAUCAAACAGAGAAGUUUCUAGAUCUUUGUACGACAAGGUUAAACCUUACCUCCCCAGCAAUGACUAUAUAUAACUGGGAUGGAAAACGAACAGAGCAUCUCAGCCAUGUUCCGUUGCUUGACAGCUGUCUGCAAAAUUCCAUUACUCCAUUGCGUGGACCUGCGUGGGUGUCUAAGGGAGAAGGGUUCAGUCCAUCAGGAGCUAAAAUGUACAUCCAAGGAGUGCUGGGGGCCUUGCAUCAAAAGCUGAAGCCUGCCAAGGAGUAUAGUAAGCAGUUGGAUUAUGCCCUUGAUAAUAACACAGAGAAAGUCACAAAGAAGGAAAUACUCUCAAUGACAAUGGAAGAGCUGUAUAACAACAAAGAAGAGGUGGACCAGCUGAUUGAUGAAUUGCGAGAUACCAUCAAAAAGCACAAGGGUCAGCUCUCCAAACUCGCCCUGCAAUUACAGGCUGAGGAGGAGCAGUGCGCCGGCUAUGUGUACCAGCACAUUAAACAGCUUUCAACAAGCAGCAGUGAUCCACAGGGCCUGCAGCUAAAAGUAUAUGAAAAUGGGCAGGACACUGAGGAGACCGUUGUUUACAUCAACAGGAAGUUAAUGGAAAAGGGCUGCGGAAAGGAUGUCCAACUUAUGAUGGAUAGAUUACUGCAGAUUGUUGGUCAGAGACUGCAGUCUUCCCAAAUGUAUAACCCUUCAGGUCUUAACCUCUUUCCUACUCGCCUGUUUGAUGAACAAGGACAAGAAAUAUGCAACCCAUGUUCCCUUCAAAAUGAGCAAAAGGUUUGGGUGUCAUAUGGAGAAGACUACCGGUCAACCUAUAACCCUGUUCUGAGCCUGACAUUUGACAGGGUAAUGGCAGUUGUGGAAGAAGAUAACAGAGUUCUUUAUAAAACUCUUCUGGACCCUGAUGCUGAACUACCAACUAGAUUAGAAAAGUGGGAGGCUUUCAUAGGAUUCCCAGAGAACUACAGUUAUGAACAGCAGGGGAGUCAUCAUCAACAGGAAGACGUGGAUUUGAACUCUCACUUCAUACAGCUUAAGGAAGAUCUUCAGAUGGUUUUGUAUGCCAGCGUCACUAUGGAAAACAGGAGCAGAAAGGCCACCAGGAAAAAAGACAAUCAAAACCAGUUGAAUGCAGCAGCGGCAACAACUUGGCCUUUAGCUCACGUGUGGAUGGUCACCAAGGCUGGGGUUAUCCUGAGCAGGGCUAUGCCACAGCUCUGCCUGGCAGUUGGUGGGCAGUCAAUAACAUUAAAAAAUGAGGACGGUCCAUCUUUAGAAGCAUAUAAACUGAGCAUACAGAAAAGGAUCAGAGGCAACCCGUAUCAGCAGUGGAGCUUUGGAAAAGAUGGACAGAUAUUUUCACGGGCCUACUCCGAGUUUGUCCUGACCUACCUGGAGGAGCUGAAUGUAAGAGAGGAGGUGACCCAGACAGAGAAGCACCAUGGGGCUUGGUCUACAGAAGGUCCGGAGACAGGCUGCAGCUCUGCCAAUGAGGAUUCAGGAUACAAUGCAAGUGACACCACUAAAAAACAAGUUCCAAAACCCAUAGACACCCAGUCAAUGCCACCAGGCGCCCGAAGGGAGAGCAUCCAGCUGACAGUGGCACUGGUGAGGAAACUAGAAGACAAACACCCCAAGGCCUCAGCUCAAAGGUGGGCCAUGAGACAUGAGGGGACUGCCAGACUAGGACAGUGGAAACAGUCCCAAGUGGGAAACCCACUGUGGAAUAAACUCACUUACAUGUGGCCAGUGCUGCCAGAUGGAGAACUGAAUGAGGACUUUAACUGGCCACUUGAAGGAUCUCUAAUUCCAAAUGCUCCACCGCUAAAGAAACCAGCCAGUAAGAAGCCAGAUGGGUACACGCCAGUGAGACUGCAGGUUUUAAGAAAUGGACACAAGGACCACUUUAAGGCAGUAACAAUUACUGGACCAGACAUUACAAACAUGCUCAAGAAAAACCGGAAACCUGCGGCCAAGCAGACGCAGAAAGAAAAUGUAGAAAAAGACAUCGCUUCAGAAGAAGACAGGGUGAUAAAAAUCCACAGCAUUGAGUUUCAGCAGUUUCUUGAAAGAUGUACUGUCCUGCUGAAUUUACCAUUUGCUGCUCGGAGACUGUUUGACAAAGAAGGGAAUGAAAUAACCCUUCUUACAGACACAGUGAGAGAUCAGUUGGUGUUCGUUUCUUGUGGAGAGCAAUGGAUCGACCCACAGCUGACCAUGGCUGAGCGCAGGAAGCGGAUGAUCCUAAACAAUUUGGAAUCUGAUAUUUCCCAGAUUCGCAACUACUGUGCCAUGCGCAGCAAUGGAGGUCUAGUUCUCGAAAUUGUAGACGAAGUUGCAGAGGGGGCCAGGCUUAUCGUGAAUGAAUGUGAUGUGACAAGCGAGGAGGAACACAAUGAGGACUCCACUCAGUCAGAUGGUCAGCCAGAAAAAAAAGAAAACAAAGUGAAUGAUGAUAUCGUCAGUGAAGUAUUUGAAAACUCACAUACCAAAGCCCAUCGCAAAAUAGAUGAAAGGUACACAAGCUUCAAGUAUCCUUGGCAGAACGAGUCUCGAUAUUUGGAUGAAAAUGAAAACGAUUUGCACAGUGCGACAGGAGAAGAGUACACUAACAUGGAAUUGUACAACAAAUACAGGCAUCACUCGAAGCCUCUGAAGAUCCAGCAGAUCCAUCGGCAGCAGUUUGAAUUCAGCGGUGGACACAUUAUCAACUGCAAGUUCCCUAGGCUGGUACUGGGAGUGCUGGGAGAGGCUGUGCAGUCUGGGACCGAGAUCCAGUUAAUGGAAAAGAAACCUGAUGAUGUCAACCAGCGCUGGAUAUUCAGAGAGGAAGACAGGACAUUUCAUCUGAUGAGUAACCCAGGUCUGGUGUUAGCCGUCUCAAUGCCAAAGAUAAGACCUGGAGAUACAGACAGUGCUGUCCAAGUCCAUGGCUGUUCUGUUGUACUUCAGAAAUACAAAUCCUACAGUUACGGAGUUGCCAAUCAAAAGUGGCACUGGAUUCCUGAGGCUAAAGUGCUGAGCGCAUUUUAUACCACAGAGAUGGACCAGGAGAUCACAGCAGCUAAUCAGGCUUCUUUAUGCACUUUCUCUGUCUCCGGCACAGAAGAAAUAGACCAGCAGGGCUUUAGCUUCACACAUUCUAGUAAAAAUCGGAAGAUGACUGUGUGUUCAGCCUGUGCCAGAGCAUUAAGAGGGAAAAGCAUCCUGACAAAACUGCCCCCUGGUGCCUCAUUCUACUGUGCCACUGGCUGGAAGAAGAGUCAGCUGAAGCCUACGGGACCUUUUAAAAGCUUGAGUGUGAUAAAGACUGACCUUUCUACUUCAGAAGCUGAAAACACUUUGAAAUACUUUGAGGAGGUGCUGGCAUCUUUAAGGAAGGAGACGUCAAUACAGGUUAUUUCACAAGAGAUCUCUGCUGCCCGGACGCAGCGGCCAGUGAAAAUCAAGGCCUACAGAAAUGGGGCAGGCUUUAAAGAUGGGCAGCUGAUAACUGCAACAACCAUGCCAAUGCUGCUUUCCAUGUGUACCAGUAGACUUGAACUUUCAAGGGCGGCUUGCAGAUUGUACACGGUGAAUGGAACGCCAAUGCAGACUGCAUCAGACUUAAUAGCAUGGGCUGUAAAUGAUUGCUUACAGGAAAGCAGCAUGGAAGAACAGAAAGACACGGAAGAUACAGACCUGAUAACGAAAGAGGUUGAUGAUGUUACAACAGACUCUCUGGAGCUCAGUGCAAAUGAGAAGGCAGCCUCCAGAUCGCAGCUGCUCCUUCGGGUUACUGUGGAAGAGCUGGGGAGACUGGACGAGACCCUGCUGACCCUCAUUCUGAGGAAUCCUAUUGAUGUGUGGGUGUCCAGUGGGGAGCCUUUCCUUCCUUUGCAUGUUUUACAGCAAAGGGAGAGGCAGCAGAAAAUGAAUUGGAAGCAGAAGGAGAAGGUCUUGGCUGAUUUGGUUUUAAAGAGACAUAAAAUGAGGCUCCUGCAAGGAAGGCGAAUGGGGGCACUGAAGCCAGGGAGAAUGAUCUCCACUAAAAGCUCAAUUCAGCCUGUUGUUGUCGAAGGUGGUUGGACAGAGCCAUCGCAAGAAGAAGUGAAACUAAUGGAGGAUGUGCAAAAUAUGGAGGUACAUCUGUCAGAAGUUCAGGCCAUACAGAGCAGGAAGCGAAGCUCGUUUCUGAAAACAAUAGCAACCAAUCCGAGAGAUUUAUACAACCAGCCAGAUGUGAAGAGGGUGCUGGUGCACAUGAAUGGAACCGAUCCAAAGCAAGGAGUUUUUGCUUGGGGGAAAAACAUGGAGGAGCUGCUGGGCAGUUGUACCUCCAGAUUAAACAUGAGACAGCCUGCUCAGGUUCUCUAUGCUAUGGAUGGUGCACAGUUGAGCACAUGGGAUGAAAUUGAGAGAGAUAUGUUAAUCUGUGUAUCUUCAGGAGAACCUUUCAUGAGCACUAAAGCUAACAGACAUAAAAUAGAAAUUAGAGCCAACUAUGCACGAGUGAGAAAAGAUAAAGGACCAGCAGCAACAGACAUUGUUGUGACUCCAAAGGGAAACCCCAAAGUGAAGGUUGAAGCUCCCAGUAACCUCCUGGCUCUCCCUGCUGCAUCAGAACACAUUUUCUAACAAACAGAUUUCCAUGAAAAAAAAAACAGAGGAGGAGAAGAAGGAGAAUCGGGUACAGAAAAGCAAAGGACAGUGGUCAUUUAAAAAAUGGAUUUGCCUGCUCUUUGCUUAAGAAAAAAAAAAUUCUGCAGCCAAUUUCGUUUCUAACUACUUGAACUACACUUUGCUUUUUAAUUACAUUCUACUGAAAAGUAACAUGAAUAAUCAUUGUUUAUUUAAAAAUCAUUGAUUAACUUGUUGAUUGCACUGCUUUGUAUUAUUUACAGACUAACCAAAGAGUACAGUACGACGUCGCAUAUCUGACCCCAAAGAGUACAGUACGACGUCGCAUAUCCGACCCCCUGUGGACUGGGGUAUAGGCGGAUAUGUGAAAAAGUCGGAUUUGCGAACACCUAUAGAAAAAGCACUUACACAUCCAUAAAUAGGUUAGUGAACAAAGAAGAAAACUGCUUUAAACAUGGGGACAUUUUUUGCUUUAAAAGUAAGCAAACGUAAACAAGAUUAAUUAGGCUACAAAUACACAGUGUUGCUAUGCGGUUUGCUAUAAGCCAUCUCCACGCAAAACUAAAAAAAAAAAAAAUUACAAAACAGUAAAUGUGCAGUAACCUGCAACUAAUGGCUCUUUCUUGAUAUUGCCAACAGCUGAUAAGCAGCUUGGUUUGAAUAUUGCUUCGACUAUUUUAAACAAACGACCAGUAAGCAUUGCUUUUAUGAAGCUUGCUUUGUUUAAUUCAAAUGCAUUUAAAAGCUACAACAACACGCUGCCAAUAUCUGCAAGCGUGCGCUCCAUCAUAUAAACACAUUGGACAAAAAAAAGCUUCCUCGACUGGUGUAUUGAAACGUCACUGCUCCACGCAGCUGACUGACACACGCACACAGCCUGCCACCAUGUGGAAGCUGCAUUUUUUUGCCAGUGCCAUUACACUUUUAAUAUUUAUUGAUUUAUUUAGCAAGGCGGUUAAUUGAUCAGGGCGGUUAUGUGACGGUCGGAUAUGCAACGUUGCACUGUACUGUAAUGUAUUAUUAAAGGUUUUAUUUUUGGUAAUCGAAAUAUGUAUUUAAUAAAUGUAAUGCCUGAAACUGAACGAAUAAAUGACAACUCUGUUGAAUGUGUCAUUUAUAUAUUUCUACUUUUUUGAACUCUGAAACCAUUUUUUUAAAAUAUGCUACCAGGGAGAAUGGUCAACCAUUUUACCGAAUGUGGUCAAUUACUCGUAGCCCAUAUUCCCAUUCAUAAAUUGAGAAGAUUCUUAAUGCCUUUGCUUAUUAGAUAUGUCUCUGUUGCUUUCAUCUUACUUUGAAUAGUCUUCAAACAGUAUAAUAGGUACUUUGUAAAUGUUGUCUUUAUAGUAAAUUCUGACCUAUUCUUUCUUUCUUUUUUUUUUUUUUUAAAUGCCAGGUGCAUUUAAAUUAAAUAUUUUGAGAAUUCAAAUCAAACAGAUAUUCCACAUUGUAAAGUCAUUUUUGUUUUGUGCAGUAUGUGAUUAGUUUUACCAGCAGGGGGCUCUAAAAAACCUUUCUGACUGAAUUGCAGUUAUUUAUCCUGCAGUAUCUCUUGCAUUCCACUUUAUUGAUGGUACCCACUCAGGCAGCCCAAAGUAUACCCCUUCCUGACAGUGGAUCUGAUUGCCAAUGUUUUUAGCACGGUGGUCUGUUGAAAUCUCUGUCUAAAUGCAUAUUUUUUAUAGAACGUCUCUGAGACUAUGUGAAUAUAUUAUGUUAGAACGGUUUGCCCGACAGAUAUUUUUAUUUUAAAAGUUACCCAACAAAACUGUACUGUAACUACAGUGAUGUUGCACAUGCAUAUGUGAUAUUUAAAUAAGCAAUCCAGUAGUAUCACACUGUUUUGUUCAUCCAUUUCUCAA